GCCCGCCCGCCGGCGCCCACACGCCGCGCCUCUGCUCCGGGGCGCUGGUCCCCCGGCCCCCACCGCCUCCCGCGCAAACUUGGGGCCGGCGGCUGUUGGCAGUUGGAUGUCCGCCCCCGAGAGCGCAUGGCUGGGGAAGCGAGGCGCGGCUCGGGCCCCCGAGGGGGCGCCGUGCUGGAGCCCGUGAUGCUGCUGCUGUGCCUGGGGAUCCCCACCGGGCGCCCCUACAACGUGGACACCGAGGGCGCGCUGCUGUUCCGCGGCCCGCCCGGCUCCCUGUUCGGCUACUCGGUGCUGCUGCACGGCCACGGCGCCGACCGCUGGUUGGUGGUGGGCGCGCCCAGGGACAGCUGGUCCAGCAACGCUUCCGUGCUCAAUCCCGGAGCGAUUUAUAGAUGCAGGAUUGGAGAGAAUCCAGGCCGGACCUGCGAACAGCUCCAGCUGGGUAGUCCUAGUGGAGAACCAUGUGGAAAGACUUGUUUGGAAGAAAGAGACAACCAGUGGCUGGGAGUCACGCUUUCCAGGCAGCCAGGAGAAAAUGGAUCCGUAGUGACUUGUGGACACAGGUGGAAAAACAUUUUUUACAUGAGGAAUGAAAAUAAGCUCCCUAGUGGUGCUUGCUAUGGUUUGCCCUCUGAUCUGAGAACAGAACUGACUACAAGAAUGACUCCUUGUUACCAAGAUUAUAUGAAGAAAUUUGGAGAACAUUUUACAUCAUGUCAAGUUGGAAUAUCUAGUUUUUACACAGAGGAUUUAAUUGUGAUGGGAGCUCCAGGAUCAUCUUACUGGACUGGCUCUGUUUUUGUCUACAAUGUAACAACAAAUAAAUACAAGGCUUUUGUAGACAUAGGAAAUCAAGUAAAAUUUGGAAGCUACUUAGGCUACUCAGUCGGAGCUGGUCAUUUUUGGAGUCCACACAGCACUGAAGUAGUUGGAGGUGCACCCCAACACGAACAGAUUGGUAAAGCAUACAUUUUCAGCAUUGGUUCAAGAGCCCUAAACAUAUUAUAUGAAAUGAAAGGUAAAAAGCUCGGCUCUUACUUCGGAGCUUCUGUCUGCGCUGUGGACCUCAAUGCAGAUGGCCUGUCAGACUUACUCGUGGGAGCUCCCAUGCAGAGCACCGUCAGAGAGGAGGGAAGAGUGUUUGUGUACAUCAACUCUGGCAGGGAAGCAGUGAUGAAUGAAAUGGAAAUCGAGCUCAUUGGAAGUGACAAAUAUGCUGCAAGAUUUGGGGAAUCUAUAGUGAAUCUUGGCGACCUUGAUAAUGAUGGCUUUGAAGAUGUUGCUAUUGGAGCACCGCAAGAAGAUGACUUGAAAGGUGCUGUUUACAUAUACAACGGCCGAGCUGAUGGGAUCUCAUCAGUCUUCUCACAGAGAAUUGAAGGUCUUCAGAUCAGCAAAUCAUUGAGUAUGUUUGGACAGUCUAUAUCUGGACAAAUAGAUGCAGAUCAUAAUGGGUAUGUAGACCUAGCAGUUGGUGCUUUCCAGUCUAGUUCUGCUGUGCUGUUAAGGACAAGACCUGUCGUGAUUGUGGAAGCCUCUUUAAGCCAUCCUGAAUCAGUAAACAGAACACAUUUUGACUGUGUUGAAAAUGGACUGCCAUCUGUGUGCAUGGAUCUCACACUCUGUUUCUCAUAUAAGGGCAAAAAGGUCCCCGGCUAUAUUGUCUUGUUUUAUAACAUGAGUCUGGAUGUAAGCCGGAAAGCAGAGUCUCCAUCAAGAUUCUAUUUUUCUUCCAAUGGGACUUCUGAUGUGAUCACAGGAAGCAUACGGGUGUCAAGUGGAGUCACAAACUGCCACACUUACCAAACAUUCAUGAGGAAAGACGUGCGAGACAUCCUCAGCCCGAUUCGGAUCGAAGCAGCUUAUCACCUGGGCCACCACGUCUUCAGUAAACGGAGUGCAGAGGAGUUCCCCCCACUGCAGCCCAUUCUACAACAGAAAAAGGAAAAAGACAAGAUUGAAAAGACAGUAAACUUUGCAAGGUUUUGUGCCCAUGAAAAUUGUUCUGCUGAUUUGCAGGUUUCUGCGAAAAUCGGAUUUUUGAAGCCACAUGAAAGUAAAACCUACCUCGCCGUUGGAAGUAUGAAGACAUUAAUGUUGAAUGUGUCUUUGUUGAAUGCCGGAGAUGACGCCUAUGAAACAACUUUACAUAUCAAACUACCCUCAGGUCUUUAUUUCAUUAAGAUUUUAGAUCUGGAAGAGAAGCAAAUAAGUUGUGAAGUAACAGACAACUCUGGCAUAGUAAGACUUGACUGCAGUGUUGGUUAUAUAUAUGUAGAUCAUCUAUCAAGGGUCGAUGUGAGCUUUCUCCUGGACGCGAGCUCACUCAGCACAGCAGACGAGGACCUUAACAUCACCGUGCACGCCACCUGUGAAAAUGAAGGGGCUUGGGACAGUCAGAAGCAUAGCAAAGUGACUGUGACUGUACCUCUGAAGUAUGAGGUCAUGCUGAGUGUUCAUGGGUUUGUAAGCCCAACUUCAUUUGUGUAUGGACCAACAGAAGAAAAUGAACCUGAAAUGUGCAUGGAAGAGAAAAUGAAUUUCACUUUCCAUGUUAUUAACACCGGUCCUAGCAUGGUUCCCAAUGUUAGUAUGGAAAUAAUGAUACCUAAUUAUUUUAUGCCCCAAACCCUUAUGCUUUUCAACAUUUUGGAUGUCCAGACUACUGCUGGAGAAUGCCAUUAUAAUGAUUACCAAAGAAAGUGUGCAUUAGAGCAGCAAAAAAGUGCAAUGGACACUAUGAAAGAUUUGUUUGUGGUUUUCUCAAGGACAGAUAAGAUGUCAUUGUACUGCAUGAAGUCUGAUCCAUAUUGUUUACGUUUCUUCUGCAAUUUUGGGAAAAUGGAGAGUGGCAAAGAAGCCAGCGUUGAUAUUCAGCUAGAGGGACGGCCCUCGCUUUUAGUAAUGGAUGAAACUUCAGCACUAAAGUUUGAAAUCAGAGCAACAGCUUUUCCAGAAUCAAAUCCAAAAAUCAUUGAACUGAACAAGGAUGAGAAGGUUGCACAUGUUCUACUGGAAGGGAUACAUCAUCAGAGACCAAAACGUCUUUUCACUGUGGUCAUUGUCUCAAGCAGUUUGUUCCUGGGACUUACUCUACUCUUAUUAAUUUCCUGUGUGAUGUGGAAGGCUGGCUUUUUUAAAAGACAGUACAAAUCUAUCCUACAAGAAGAAAACAGAAGGGACAGCUGGAGUUAUGUGAACAGUAAAAGCAAUGAUGAAGAGUAAAGAUCUCUCUCAAAUUGAGAGACUAAAUUUAAAACAAUGUUUACCAAAAAAAUUGCAUUUUCCUUGGACGACUGCUGUUUCUUAAGAAAUUCUAACAAGUCAAAGUCAACCCUCACUUGAAAACACUAAGCCUUUCAAUUUAAACUUCAGACUGAACUUCUUACUAUACACUGGUUUCAACUUUGUGGAUAGUUCCUAAUAUAGCUUCCCUGUGAUUGUGAUUUUAUUAAAAAAAAAACAGUAUUAAAGAAUCUUAAUUUAUAUUGUGAAACAGCUGGUUGUAAUGAUAUUCAUCAUUCUGAAUAUCAAAUAUAAACUGUAAAAUACAGAUUUGUUAUAUGGAAAUCUUUAAUAUAAUAGUUUUUUAUCUGGAUUAUAAACAUUCAUCUUUGUAAAUAUAGAAGUUUAUAUUUCUACCAAUGUAUUUGAAAAUGAUCAAAUAAGGAAAGUCUCAUUAUGAUGUGUCUAACAUUAACCUCCUUCAUGAACUUAAUGCAGGAUCAAGCAAACACAGUUCCCUACUGAACCAGUUUAAGAAAAUUGAGGAUGUGUACCUUUAGGUAUUGAUUAAAAUUCAGUAAGUUGAAGCAUUCUAUUUCAUACAUUAUAAGCAGUUACAUGUUACUUUGGAAUCAUUCAUGUCCUCCACGCUUACUCCAUAAAGAUUGAUGAGUCUUGGAUGAAGUCUAUAGAAUAUACAUAAAUUGAAUAUGGUGAGUAAUAAGUCAGUACUGUGAAUCUACCGUUACCAAUUCUUAAACUAAACCAUAAUCUAACGUGCUACCUGCAUAGACUUUUCUAUCUGUGCUUGUCAGCACAUGGCUCAGGUCUCCACUUUUUUAUACAAUAAAAUAUUUGAUGGAAACAGUGCAAUAUGGUGAGAGGACUCAAAACAAAGAAAAUACCUAUCCUUUACAUAAAAAUUGGUGAAUAAAUUCAGUUAUUUUGUA